CAUCACCUCCCCAGGAGUAAAAACAGCCCCUGGAGGCGAGAGCCCAUGGCCUUCAGAGCGCCCCCGGGCCCCGCGGUCGCCCCGGCCGGCUUCCCCAGCCCACAGGCCGCCAGGGCGGGGGCCGCGGGCGUCGAGGAAGAGGACGAGGAGGAGCCGGGCGAGGUCCAUCUGUGCGUGGUGUGGAGCUCGGGAUACCUGGGCAUCGCUUACUAUGACACCAGCGACUCCACUGUCCACUUCAUGCCCGACGCCCCAGACCACGACAGCCUGAAGCUCCUCCAGAGAGUUCUGGAUGAGGUCAACCCCCAGUGUGUCAUCACAAGUGCCAAACAGGAUGAGACCAUGACUCGCUUUCUAGGGAAGCUUGCCUCCCAGGACCACAGAGAGCCAACGAGACCUGAAAUUGUACAUUUGCCAAGCGUGGAUUUUGGUCCAGAGAUAAGCAAACAGCGGCUCCUUUCUGGAAACUACUCCUUCAUCCCAGAGUCCAUGACUGCCACUGAGAAAAUCCUCUUCCUGUCCUCCAUCAUUCCCUUUGACUGUGUCCUCACGGUUCGGGCACUUGGAGGACUGCUCAAGUUCCUGAGUCGAAGAAGAGUCGGGGUCGAGCUGGAGGACUACAGUGUCAGCGUCCCCAUCCUGGGGUUUAAGAAGUUUGUAUUGACCCAUCUGGUGAGCGUAGAUCAAGACACUUACAGUGUUCUACAGAUUUUCAAGAGCGAGUCUCACCCCUCGGUGUACAAAGUGGCCAGCGGGCUGAAGGAGGGGCUCAGCCUCUUCGGGAUCCUCAACAGGUGCCGCUGUAAGUGGGGCCAGAAGCUGCUCAGGCUGUGGUUUACGCGCCCAACCCGGGAGCUGAAGGAGCUCAAUUCCCGCCUGGAUGUCAUUCAGUUUUUCCUGAUGCCCCAGAACCUGGACAUGGCCCAGGUGCUGCACCGGCUGCUGAGCCACAUCAAGAACGUGCCUCUGAUUCUGAAACGCAUGAAGUUGUCCUACACCAAGGUCAGUGACUGGCAGGUCCUCUACAAGACUGUGUACAGCGCCCUGGGCCUGAGGGAUGCCUGCCGCUCCCUGCCCCAGUCCAUCCAGCUUUUUCAGGACAUCGCCCAAGAGUUCUCUGAUGAUCUGUACCACAUCGCCAGCCUCAUUGGGAAGGUGGUGAAUUUCGAGGAAAGUCUUGCUGAAAAUCGCUUCACAGUCCUCCCCGACAUAGAUCCCGAAAUGGACGAGAAAAAGCGAAGGCUGAUGGGCCUCCCCAGCUUCCUCACUGAAGUGGCACAGAAAGAGCUGGAGAAUCUGGACUCUCGUGUCCCUUCCUGUAGUGUCAUCUACAUCCCUCUGAUUGGCUUCCUUCUUUCCAUUCCGCGCUUGCCGUUCAUGGUGGAGGCCAGUGACUUUGAGAUUGAGGGACUAGACUUCAUGUUUCUCUCGGAGGACAAGCUGCACUACCGGAGUACCCGAACCAAGGAGCUGGAUGCCCUGCUGGGGGACCUUCACUGCGAGAUCCGGGACCAGGAGACCUUGUUGAUGCACCAGCUGCAGCACCAGGUGCUGGCCCGGGCUCCGGUCUUGACUCGGGUGUUGGACCUUGCUUCCCGCCUGGAUGUCCUCCUUGCUCUUGCCAGUGCUGCCCGGGACUAUGGCUACUCGAGGCCGCACUACUCUCCCCGAAUGCACGGAGUGCGAAUCAAGAACGGCAGGCACCCUCUGAUGGAGCUGUGUGCGCGCACCUUCGUGCCCAACUCCACAGACUGUGGUGGGGACCAAGGGAGGGUCAGAGUGAUCACUGGACCCAACUCCUCAGGGAAGAGCAUAUACCUCAAACAGGUAGGCUUGAUCACCUUCAUGGCUCUGGUCGGCAGCUUCGUGCCCGCUGAGGAGGCUGAGAUUGGGGUGAUCGAUGCCAUCUUCACCCGGAUUCACAGCUGCGAGUCCAUCUCCCUCGGUCUCUCCACCUUCAUGAUUGACCUCAACCAGGUGGCGAAAGCUGUGAACAAUGCCACAGAGCAGUCACUGGUCCUCAUUGACGAAUUCGGGAAGGGAACCAACACGGUGGACGGCCUGGCCCUUCUGGCCGCUGUGCUUCGUCACUGGCUGGCGCUGGGACCCAGCUGCCCCCACAUCUUUGUGGCCACCAACUUCCUGAGCCUCGUCCAGCUGCAGCUGCUGCCGCAGAGCCCGCUGGUGCAGUAUUUGACCAUGGAGACGUGUGAGGAUGGGAACGAUCUUGUCUUCUUCUAUCAGCUCUGCCAAGGUGUUGCCAGUGCCAGCUACGCCUCCCACACAGCUGCCCAGGCGGGGCUUCCUGACCAGCUCAUUGCUCGUGGCAAAGAGGUCUCAGACUUGGUCCGAAGGGGAAAACCCAUCAAGCCGGUGCAUGAGCUCUUACGGAGGAACCAAAUGGAGAACUGCCAGGCACUGGUGGACAAGUUCCUCAAGUUGGAUUUGGAGGACCCCGCUGUGGACCUGGCCGCUUUCAUGAGUCAGCAAGUGCUGCCCGCUGCCCCCACCAUCCUUUGAGGGUCCCCUCCGCCCUCACAGCUCCCCGAGCCCCGCGCCUCCGCACUUUCCUUCUGUCGUUUGCACAUGUUUUGUGUUAGGAAUAAAGGCUUUUU